UCAUUCCUGUGGAACUUUCACGUGACAGGAUUUUGCCGGAUCACCUUCCUGCCGGCUUCCGGGGAGAUUUCCGUCCGUCCGGCUCUGCGGACUCAAGGAGAGAAAGGAAAAUACGUUCCUCAGUGUAACUGCACUAAGGACCUAAGAUUCCUAAACAUUAGUACACAGGUCCACAUCUGCCUCCCCAUGCAGAACUCCAUGAAAUGAAUAAAGCACCACAGCCUAUAACAGGACCCCCCUCCAACCCCCACCCUGCCCCCUCCCCUGGUCUUUCACAGCCCUCCUUCCCCCCCGGGCAGCCCCCUUCUGUUGUGUUUGCAACCCCACCGCCUCCACAAAUGAACCCAACACCACAGCCCCGACAGUUUGCCCCUGGGCCCCGACCUUUACACCAACAGGGAAGCUUCAGGUCACUACAGCCCUACUACACCGGCAGGGCCAACCUGCCUCCCAACAGUGGGCCUCGGGGUGUUCCUCCCAGCAGCGGCCCUCGGCCUGUGACGCCCACCCAUGUCUACCAGGCAGGCCCUGGAUCCCGGAUGAUGAUGAUUCCCGGGCAACAGUUGCCUUUCCCGAGCUCACCACAGGGACCUGCUUACUUCAUACCUGGACAGUACCAGUCUGCAACGUACGUGGCCACACCCCAGCAAUAUCCAGUCCAAGCAGGAACUCCAGGCUUCUACCCCGGCACCAGCCCCGCUGAAUAUGGUACUUAUGCAGGGGCCUACUACUCCGCCCAGCCUCAGUUCACCCCCUCGGUGCAGGCGGCUUCGGUUAUUAUGAACCCGGCCCCUCAGCAGCAGCAACCUCCACCUCCGCCUCCACAGCACAUCCCAACCAAACGAGAACGCAAACAGAUAAGAAUAAGAGACCCUAACCAAGGAGGUCGAGACAUUACAGAGGAGAUUAUGUCAGGGGGGCGAAGUGGCUCUACACCCACCCCACCUCAGUCAGCCAUAUCUGGAUCAGAGAGUACAGGAGUGAACCAGGCCAACGGUGAGAGCGCCCCAGCUGCUGCCACACCAGCGGUGGUGAGACCAGAUGACCGAAGCAAACCCUCUCCCCCUCCUCUGUCAAAGACCCCCGAACUUCAAAAGGGCGACCCAAUCCCCACAGAGGCUACCGACUCUGUCACGAACACUAAACCCUCCUCCCCCCCUCCCUUAUCAGAAGCAGAGGACGCCCCUCUUGACACUAUUUCCGCACCUGCACCCAGUGCUCCUGUUGCAGACGUGAUGGAUGCUCCCCCAGCUCUGAAGGAACCCACACCGACCCCUAAACCGGCUCCUGAGGUGCCUGCUUACCCUGCACCGCUCCCUGACCCUGUCCCUGCUGCACGAGGCAAAACUGACACAGAGGCAGAAGAGGAAGAGGAAGAGGAAGCAGAGGAGGUAGCUGCCUCUUUGGACACACCCACUGCACCUCCCUCCACCACCAACGGUGUCACCGAGGCGGAGUCAGAGAAGCUGUCGGUCAUGUUGCCAAGCAGUCACAAGGAGGCUCCUCUGGAAUCACCGAUUGCUCAACCAGAGGAGCUCCGCCUCCCUAACGGCCUGCCGCUGCCAGCCCCUCAAGACCCAGAGGAGACCGCCUUCAGCACAGCCGAGUGCGACGUCAGCCCCAUCGCUGAGCCCGACCACAGCCAGCAGCCCGUCACACAGGCCUCUGCAGACAUCGUUCAGGCAGCAACCGCACCAGCUGUCCAAGCCACACCUGCUGCGCCCGCUGAAGAGCCUGCACCCGCUGAAGAGCCUUCACCUACUGAAGAGCCUGCACCUGCACCCACUGUCCAGGAGACUGUGGUUGAUCCUGUAGUCCAGGCGGAACCCAAGCCUGAGCCCGAGCCUGAGACUGAGCCUGAGACUAAGCCUGAGCCUGAGACUGAAGAGACGGUUCCUCCAGUCGCCCUGGAUGUUACAGAAGAUGCCCCAGUGCCCGAACCCGAGGUCACAGAGGAGAAGCCAACUCCUGCAGAGACGGUUUCCAGCAUCACUGACACCACCCCAGAAACAGUGCCCACUCCUCCCCCUCCCGCAGCAGAGGAGAGGGAGGACACACCUCCCCCCCAGACAGUCACCCCCGCCCUUGUAGAAACUACUAUGCAAGCUGCUGUGUCUGUGCCAAAGAAGAAGAGGAAGAUGAAGGAUCUGAACAAGAAGGAGGCUGUUGGAGACCUCCUGGAUUACUUUAAAGAGGAGCAGGUUGUGACCCCUCCAGAGCCAGAGCCCACCCCUGCCCCAGCACCAGAAACCCAGCCCCCAGCUGCGGCCCCUCCUGCCCCAGAGGAGGCAGACCUGACCUGGGAGGACAAAGAGGACAAGCUGGAUGCUGAGAACAUUCAGCCAGAUCCUCACAAAGCGACCGACGCUGACAAGAAGUACCAGUACAAAGAGGAAAACUGGAAGCCAAUUAACACAGAGGAGAAGAAGCAAUACGACAGAGAGUUUCUUCUGGGCUUCCAGUUCAUCUCCGCCAGCAUGAACAAGCCUGAGGGUCUACCAGCCAUCAGUGACGUCGUCCUGGACAAGGCUAACAAGGCUCCUCUCCGCCAACUCGACCCAAGCCGUCUGCCGGGGAUGAACUGUGGUCCUGACUUCACACCAUCCUUUGCCAACCUCGGUCGGCCUAGCAUGGGAGGUGGAGGAGGAGGAGGAGGAAACAGAGGACCACCUCCGGGAAUGGGCAUGGUUGGCGGUCCACGUCGCUCCCAGCAGAUGCAGAGGAAAGAGCCGAGGAAGAUCAUCACCACCAUGUCCCGCAGCGACGACGUGCAGCUGAACAAAGCAGAGAAGGCCUGGAAACCUUCAGCGAAAAAGAGCACCCGUGCACGUGAAGCAGAGGAGCCUGAGGACAACGAUCCAGACAACGCCAAGACCCAGGAUCUGUUUAAGAGGGUCCGCAGCAUCCUCAACAAACUGACCCCUCAAAAGUUUCAACAGCUCAUGAAACAAGUGACAGAACUGGCUAUUGACACUGAGGAGAGAUUGAAAGGAGUCAUUGAUCUUAUCUUCGAGAAGGCCAUCUCCGAGCCAGACUUUUCGGUGGCCUACGCCAACAUGUGCCGCUGCCUUCUGGGGCUCAAAGUCGAAGCCAUAGAUAAGCCGGGAAUCACUGUGAAUUUCCGCAAACUGCUGCUAAAUCGAUGCCAGAAGGAGUUUGAGAAGGACAAAGAUGACGACGAGAUUUUUGAGAAGAAGCAGAAAGAGCUGGAUGCCGCCUCUGUGGAGGAGGAGAAGCAGCGGCUUUCUGAAGAGCUACAGUACGCUAAAGACAUGGCCAGGCGGCGUUCCCUGGGCAACAUCAAGUUCAUCGGUGAGCUGUUCAAGCUUAAGAUGCUCACAGAGGUCAUUAUGCAUGAUUGCAUUGUAAAGCUGCUCAAAAAUCAUGACGAGGAGUCGCUGGAGUGCCUCUGUAGAUUGUUGUCCACCAUCGGAAAGGACCUAGACUUUGAGAAGGCCAAGCCUCGUAUGGACCAGUACUUCCAUCAGAUGGAGAAAAUAAUAAAGGAGAAGAAGACCAGCUCCAGGAUCCGCUUCAUGCUGCAGGAUGUGCUGGACCUUCGACGGAACACCUGGGUGCCCCGGCGAGGCGACCAGGGCCCCAAGACCAUCGACCAGAUCCACAAAGACGCUGAGAUGGAGGAGCACAGGGAGCUCAUGAAGGCGCAGCAAACCCUCGUCUCCAGGAAGGAGUCAGGCGGCGGCCAAGGAGGCAGGAUGGGCGGAGGAGGCUCUGGGGGUCGUGGGGGCCCUCACACCCCGGGGCGUGGCUCUCAGCCCCAGGAUGAAGGCUGGAACACAGUGCCCAUAUCUACCAAGAACAGACCGAUCGACACCUCUCGCCUUAGCAAGAUUACUAAGACUCCUGUUCUCGACUUCAACAACCAGCUUCUUGCCCCAGGAGGAAAAGGCACAUGGGGCAGCUGGGGUAAAGGCAGCAGCGGUGGUACAAGCGCCAAACCUGCAGAAGCUGGGACAGAGACAGGCGGCCGUCCUGCCACCAGUACUCUGAACAGAUUCUCAGCCUUACAGCAGGCUUCAUCCUCCUCAUCAGCGGACUCCGACAGACGAGUUCCUCAGAGGAACAGCUCGAGUCGAGAGCGCGGGGAUAACUUUGAACGCUCUAACCGUGGCGGUGACCGGUAUGACAGACGGGACGAGCGCCGGGACGAUCGUGAUCGGAACCGCCUGCAGGUCACCAAGCGCAGCUUCAGCCGGGAGAACGAAGGGCGGAGCAGGGAGAGAGAGCAGCGCGGGUCGGCCGAUCCUGUCCGCAGGGUAGCGAGCAUGACAGACGACAGAGGCAGCAGAGAGAGAGCCAGGAGCAAAGAGAACAUAAAGCGAGAGGCGGCUGCCACCCCUCCACCUCCCCCCACUCCCACCAAGCCUGCCUUGACUGAGGAGGAGCUGAGCAAGAAGUCUACAGCAAUCAUCGAAGAGUAUCUACACAUCAAUGACAUGAAGGAGGCUCUGCAGUGUGUGCAGGAGAUGAACAGCACUCAGCUGCUCUUUGUGUUCGUACGAAACGGGCUGGAGUCUACACUAGAGCGCAGCACCAUCGCCAGAGAGCACAUGGGCCUGCUCCUGCACCAGCUCAUCAAGGCCGGCACCCUCUCAACAGAGCAGUACUACAAAGGGAUUCAGGAAAUCCUGGAGGUGGCUGAAGACAUGGCCAUAGACAUCCCCCACAUCUGGCUGUACCUGGCAGAGCAGAUCACUCCCCUGCUCCAUGAGGGCGGCAUCCCCAUGGGAGAACUUUUCAGGGAGAUUUCAAAGCCUUUGAUCCCUCUCGGCCAAGCCGGGGUCCUGCUGGUCCAGAUCCUCACUUUACUCUGCAAAGGAAUGAGCCAUAAAAAGGCGGGCGCCAUGUGGAGAGAAGCUGGCCUUCAGUGGAAAGACUUCCUCCCUGAAGACGUAGACGUCAACAAGUUUGUAACAGAAAAGGAUGUGGAGUUCACUCUGAGCGAUGAGUUCAGUCAGGGCGAUGAGUCCGAGAAGAGCAAAACGAAGGAGCUGAGCUCUGCAGAGCUGACCAAACAGAUGGACCGACUGAUCAAGGACCAGGCCGACAACCAGAGGAUCUUUGACUGGAUCGAGGCAAACCUGGAUGAGCAGCAGGUCUCCUCCAACAUGUUUGUCAGAGCUUUGAUGACCAGCAUCUGCCAGUCAGCAGUUAUCUGUGAGAACCCCUACAAGGUGGAUGGAGAGCAGAUCAAACAGAAGGCCAAGCUGCUGCAGAAAUACCUGAAGGAUGAACAGAAGGAGCUGCAGGCUUUGUACGCCCUGCAGGCCCUGUUGGUGCAGAUGGAGCAACCUGCCAAUCUGCUGCGGAUGUUCUUUGACACCCUUUACGAUGAGGAUGUGAUCAAAGAGGAGGCCUUCUACAAGUGGGAGUCCAGCAAAGACCCCGCCGAGAUGCAGGGCAAGGGCGUGGCCCUCAAGUCAGUCACCGCCUUCUUCACCUGGCUCCGUGAAGCCGAGGACGAGUCCGACAACAGCUAGGACCUGCUGGGACGAGCUGUGGGAGGAGGAUCCUUGGGGCGAGUGUGAAUGUUUGGUGGAUGAUUCAGAGGACUCUGAAUCAGAAAAAAAACCUUCUGCAUAAACAGAAAAAGCAAGAAAAAAAUUCUUCAACUGGGAGAGAUUGUAUUAUGGAUCGAACAUUCGAUCGUGUUAUUUUUUGUUUGUUUGUUUUCUUUAUUUUGGGUUCAUGUUUUUUUUUCUUUGCGCAAUCGAAUGUCAUUUUGAAAUGAAUGAAAUACAGGAAACGUAGAGAGGUUAGAUUGAGAGAAUGCUGAGCAGCGUUACGAGCCGUGGGAGAUGAUGUUGUUUCCUUCAGUAUUUUUUUGACUUUAUCUCCAGUUUUUUUUCAAAUGGCUGUUCCUCGCCACGGCAACACUAUCCAAGACACUUUGCUUAAUGACAGAUAUAAAAAAACGACUUUAAAAAGGCUGUUCACAUCUAUAUUUUUGAUGACUUCAUCCUUAUCAUGUGGACACGACACAGCAACAUUGUCACGUCACAUGUGUACGGUGUUCGGUCUACAUGAAGCGCUCGUGUAGAAGGUUAGCUUUUCGUUCCUCUUCUUUCCGGUGUUGGAUGAUGGAGUGAGUGUUUUAUAAUAAAAAAGAAAACUACAAAGAAAAGUGGCGAGCGCUGUCUAACGGACAUUUCAGACAGAAGUCAAAGAAACGGUUGUUGGACUCCCGAGGAUUACAUGCAUCCUUAAACGCCGACGGUGUCACUGAGGAGAGGGGCGACGGACUUUGACCAUUUUGCUGCUUGGGGAGGACGAUGCUUCCCGACGCCCCUCAACCCCAAAAUCCCCCCAACACCCCCCUCCCCCCGUCCCCCCUCCCCAGUGUCUGUUUCACUUGUUUCCUGCGCUUCAGAAACAAACUGUUGACAAAGGGAGAGCAGGAGCGAGGGCUCACGGCUGCACCCUCGUUCAAAGCCUGUCGUCAGAUUUUAAAAAGAUAAAUAUCGCUAUGAAAACUUGAAAAAAAUAAAAUACAGUUAAAAAAAAUCAACGUAAAGGAAAAAGGACUCUUAAAGUUACCAGUACGAAUCCUAAGGCCUUUUCUGCUUCCAUGAGUGGAAAUGCAUUUCAGGAGAGUUCUGUAAAUACAUGACCGAUUAUCUUUCCUUUCUUUUUGUUUUUUUCAAAGAAGAAAUGCUCUUUUCCCUGUAUUUAUAUUUUUCUCUCCUCAGCUGGCAGAAGGUGCUUGUAAUUAUCCAACCCAAGUCAUUGAUUACAGUUUAAUGGAAAAAUUUGUAAA